UCCAAAAAAAAUUUGAUUAUAUUUUUGCCUCUAAACUACCCCUUGCUCGUUGUACACGGCCACCGGUUGCCGCCGUAGUGAUCGUCGUCUCUGCGUAAUCGCCGCCGUCUGAACCUGAUUUGCGCUUCGGCCAUCGUCAAUAGCUACUGGCCGCCGCCACAGUCGCUAUUGAAGGUUAAUUUGCUUCCAUCUUCCCCACUUCCUAAAGCCCUAAAUAUAACAGAGGGAAGAUGACUCCUGUCUCAUCCAAGCUUUAUGCAGAUGAUGUGAGUUUGUUAAUGGUACUAAUUGACACGAACCCAUUCUUUUGGAACUCGGCUCAAUCCACGCUACCCUUCUCCAAGUUCUUGACUCAUGUACUUGCAUUUUUGAAUUCUAUACUUCUGCUGAAUAAGAUGAAUCAAGUGGUUGUCAUUGCAGCUGGUUAUAAUUCUUGUGGUUACAUAUUUGAUUCAUCAGACCCACAGAACCAAAAUAAACGGGCAGAGGACUUACUGCAUAAAUUGGAGGAGUUUGUGGACAAUGACCAGGAAAUAUGUCGUGAAGAGUCUGUGGAUGGCCCAGGGUUCUCACUUCUAUCUGGUUCCCUCUCAAUGGCGCUUUGCUAUAUUCAGAGGGUCUUUCGAACAGUGCCACUUCAUCCUCAGCCACGGAUAUUAUGCUUACAUGGAUCUCCAGAUGGACCUGGACAAUAUGUAGCUAUCAUGAAUUCAAUUUUCUCUGCUCAGCGAUCGAUGGUUCCUAUAGAUUCAUGCGUGCUGGGAGCUCAACACUCUGCUUUCCUGCAGCAGGCUUCUUAUAUAACUGGUGGUGUAUAUCUGAAGCCGCAGAUAUUCGAUGGCCUAUUUCAGUAUCUUUCGACUGUGUUUGCUACUGAUUUGCAUUCUCGUUGCUUUUUACAACUUCCUAAGCCUGCUGGAGUAGACUUUCGUGCAUCGUGUUUCUGCCACAAAAACACAAUUGAUAUGGGCUACAUUUGUUCGGUAUGUUUAUCUAUAUUCUGCAAGCAUCAGAAGAAAUGUUCAACCUGUGGAUCUGUGUUUGGUCAGGCCCAAACACAGAACUCCUCGACAACACCUGACAGGAAGAUGAAGACGCCGGUUGACGGUUAGUUCGAGACUCAGUUUCUAGUGUAUGCUACUAGUAUUUCCAUUGAGUUGUUGGCCUCGAUGUUUUUUUAUGGUUAUUGCUCUCAUAAUCUACUGUAGCUUUGUUUAAUUUUCAUAAUUUCUUAAUAGAUUCCCCCUAACCCUAAUAUAAUUCAAUGCUAACCUUAGUGCUA